AUGAACGAGGAGGAGUUGCACAACGCGGUAUUUCGAUUCAAGCAUAAGGCACCAAGCGAUUGCCAGGAUGCGGUGGCAUGUCAAGCACUUGUAAAGGAGUUUGUUACGUUUGUCUCGACCUUAAAAGCAGUUGAGAUACCAGGGCAUAUAUGCAGUCGUUUCGAGCCUCUUGCAGACGACCGAAUGGUUCCGGUUACUGACUUCGCCGUCCAUGAGGUUGAUGUAUUGCAAGAAGUAUCCCAACGUCUUACCGAUUCAAGUCAGAAACACAAGAGAGGUGAUGUGUGGUAUGAUCCAUGGCUUCCUCAGUAUGGUUGCGUAAUACAAAGGACUCAAAAGACUGCUAUGGAGAUCACGAUAGAAGUCGUAUACAUUGAUGAGUGGAAGCAUCAGCUACACUUCCUACCAACUGGAAAGUGUGUGCAUAGUGCUGUGCCUUCAAAUCAAUGUCUGCAUGCUCCUCAGUGUUGCGUCGAUUUGGAUACAGAGUUGGAAGCGAAAUUCUCGACUUUGUUUGCAUCGAAAUUGCUUGAAGCUCAAAAAAUUAGGGGGUCCGAAAGAAGUGCUGCAAAAAAUGAGUUGGGACAUCAAAAAACGCCACAAUUUAUAGCUGCAAUUGUGAAGCACUGUGUUGUCUCGUUGAUAGGACGGACUUCAGACGUUGAUAACAUCAGUAUGGUCGUCCAAGGAGGCACGACGGAUGUAGGGCGACAUACUGGUGGACGCGCAAGAGAUACAUGCUGGGCGAUUGUUCAAGAAGCAAUAGCUCGCAAUCUUUGCUGCGGCGAAGGUUUAUUCCGGAAAAGUAUGGUUGUAUUCAAAUUGAAGUUGCUUCAAAAAGCCGUGCACAAAACAAAGGGUGGUGUUGACAGUGACAGCAUUAAUUUAGUUCAGGGAUGUGCCCGUGUGGAUGACAUUUUCUUCAUGCUUCAAACUAUUAUUCAAGAUACAGUUGAGUUAGUAGAAUCGAAAAAGUUAGAGCAACUAAAUAAGCUCACAAGCAGUUUGAGUUUGAUGAAUCCUAAGCAAACGAAUGACUCGGAUAGUUGUGAGAGCUCCAAAAAGCGUCAUCAACGAGCGUGGGCUAAUUUGGAGGGAUGCUACUAUAUAAAUGGGGCUUCGUGCAGCUUAGAUGAGUUGCUGCAGUGGAAAAGUACGUUAUCAUGCCCUGAAACUUAUCAGUGCAAUCUGAUAUUGCGGACUUUUGAAACCUUUAUUUUUAAGCGUUCUCUGCAAUUAAUUGACGAUAGCCCUAUUGAUAAUGUCUUGCUUGAUUUCGAGAGCAUGCAUUCUUUCGUGACGCAAUACCAGAGCUGUGCGAGAAGACAGCGUCAGCUUCAGAGUAUGCCAUCGAUUUUAGACAAAGAACAAUGCAGUUGCGAGGUGCUGAUCGUAUGGACUGCGUUUUGUCUCGUUCACCAGCAUUGUGUCAUUAAGGAAAUCAAGAUAAAGAAAUACAAGAUCGCGCUGGAUUGGAGAGACCUCAAGGUGGCUAUUGUACGCGACCAAACCGCCAUUUCGGCACUUCAGUGUGUAGCCAAGUAUAUUCGAAGUUGGAACAAGACGACCUAUGGAAAGCCUUUAUUUCACCUGACAGAUCAAGAUCCGACAUUCGAAUUCGGAAAGUUAUUUGGCUUAAAAUGCACCAGCAUGCUCAAUUUAUACGAUCGUGUAUGUGAAACGUGGGAUUCGCACGUGAGAAAGCAAUGGCGAAAUAUUGAACAAAAAAAGCAAAAGGCCAUUGAAUUGCGAGCAAAGAUAGACAGACAAAAAGCAAAUGCGGACAGCAAGCGGCUCCUUCUCGCAGAUGAAAUCAAGAAUUUAAAUUUGAUGUAUCAUGGGGAGUACUUUUCGUGCAGAUAUCGUUACAGCACAACUAGAACUAGACUCGAGAAUGAAAUCGCACAGGUUGAAUCUGCAAUCAAAAAUACUGAACAUGAUCUCCGCAAAACACUAGCUAUGCCCUCUUACUUAGUUCGACCACUUCCUCCAUCACAAGCGGAUGCAAUCCAGAUCAUAUUUAUGCUGACGAUGCCGCGAUACAUCGAAAUAUUAGGUAGUUUGUGUAUGACAGCUCAGCGAAGUCUUGCCCCGACUACAUCGUUACCGGAAAUGUUAGUGUUACCAAAAGUGAGCCCCACUUCAUGGUACGAAUAUUACACCAUGUACGCGCCGACUCCAGUGAUACCCAACACUAGCACAGUGUUUACAGCAAGUCCAUCACCAUUCUCAUGUCCAUGUUCGUGGGGUCCCACAUCUGUUGAUCAAUUGUCCAGCCUCUCUCAGUAUUGUUCUGAAUGUAUCUGGGAUCCUUCCAUUAAUUGUACAGCCCUGACUUGGAAAGACUUUGAUGGUACGCGGAUGAAUCCAUUUGCUGCUACUGAGACGAGCGUGAUUGACAGUUUUACCAUGAAGUUGCCAGCUGAGUACAAUCAGUUUCAAUGGAUGAAUGAGUGGCCGAUUGACGACGGUACACGUGGAAAUAUGGUUUACGCUAACUUCCACCUUCAACCUGAAAACUUUGAAAAAACUGCAUUUAUUGCUUUGGGUUCAUUGCGAGCCUUUCCGAAUCAACAGUUUCGAAAAUUGCAAUGGGCAUUGCUUGAUGACGUUUUACCAUGGUCAAACGUAUGUGUGAAGACCAUCGUACGGCAGUCUUUGUACCAAGUGGGAUUUUUAACUGAUGACGCGACUCCAGAAAUCCUUUGGAAGACAGACAUGUAUCAUAACGAAAAAGGGUUAGACACAUUUUGCGCGACACUCGAAAUUGUAGCUCAAAAACUAGAACAGACUCCUCGCAAUUAUGAAAGUGUCUUGUUACUUAGUGAAAUGGCGGGAUUCGCGUUGCAAUACACAAAGAAUGCGCGACGACUUGUCUAUCUUUUUGGUGGAAUGGCACGGCGAUGGGCAGAAAACGCCCGCUUAGAGUACAAAAAGGAGCUUUCUCCUCGUCGAAUUGGUGAGAUUCGACAAAAAGAAUGCAUCCUGUUAAGUCUUGCACUUUUGUCAUACACGCUGGGAUCCUGGGAUGAUAAAGUUGCUCAAGAAAUGAUACUAAGAGAACGCGAAAUCCAUGAGCUUAUGUGUCGUCGCAUUGCGGAAUUGAUUGCUUACAUUAAUAAAAGAGGCAUGGAUAUGGUGCUGACUGGAUUAGUGCGUUUGUUUGGAAGCUGCUUUGAAGCUAUCGACCGGGCAAAAAAUGUUCAUUAUUCCGUGAAUGUAUUUACUGGUGUUGUUUUAAUCGAUGGUUAUGCUCCUGGUGGUCUUCCAGUAGAAAUUCGACGGCACGAACGAUUUCAAGUUUUAUUUGGACCCAGUAACUUUGAAGUUUAUUAUACAAACGGCGUACAUCGAACACAGCGCGAUUAUUAUGAUCGCUUUUACGACUUUAGCUUGAAGGGAGACGGUGACUUAUUCGUUCAAGAAUUGUUGGUAGACUCUUCUGGAAUAAUUACUUGUACACUUCAGCUCUGCUCAAAUAUAUGGAUAAAGGCUAUGAGUGACGUUUUACCAAUUAGACUACAAGAAUUGUAUUCGCAUUGGUACUGGGUUGAAGAAAAUUGUGUACUCUUUCGACCAAAAGAAGCGAAAUGCCGAGAGACUUUUUAUAUCGCAACUUAUGACGAACAGACAAGAUUUCACUGCUACCAAGUUCCGUUUUGUGAUACAAAGCAUCCGUACAAACAACUUCUGGGUCUUUGCAUUGAGUACGAUCAAUUUGUUGAAAAAGACAAGGUGAUCGCUGACGUUUUCAACAAUCUAACGAAAUUUGAAUCAUUGUCUUAUCUUCAUCCAUUGAGGUCUUCCACCGGGGUGCUAAACAUCGAGCUUCCUCGCGCUAAAUUGGGCUUUUUCCUGAAUAAAAAAAUGCAAUUUGAAUCGGUGGAGCAUAAUGGGUACGUGCUUGCAACGACGCAGCAACUAUACGACUUUCUGCCACGAUUUAAUCAGUAUCUGCUACUCGAGUUGCAGGAUGAAUCGGAUACAGCUCGUCCUGAACUUCGAAUGCUUGUUCCUGUGGGUUCAGUUAAGGAAUCUGAUGUCGGCACGGUUGAUAUACUUUUACCUACUGAAGCGGGGAGUCAUGUGGAAGUUCAUUACUACGACGUUCAUCGACGUUUAAAGACUUUUCAAACCGAAACGAUUGGCGCGAGAUUGCAAAUGGCUGCUGUUUGA